AUGUCCAAACGAAAAAGUUCAGAAUCUGUUAGUGUUCUCGUAACGAAUAAACGAGUAGCACGCUCGUUGCCUGUAGUUGAAAAACGAAUAACACGAUCAUCAACAAAUACUGAAAAGCCAUCAUCACCGACAAUAAAACCCAAAACUUCAAAUAUACGAAUGAGAAAAACAGCAGUGAACAAGAAACAAUCAGUCGAUGACGACGACGAUGAUAAAGAAAAUAAAGGUGGUUAUGUAAAAGAAAAGAAAAAUAAAGAGAUCAUUCCUAGUGGAAGUAGUGAUGAAGAAAAUGAAUCAAAAUAUAAUGCUGUAGAUCAAGAAAAUGAAUCAAAAGAUAAUGCUGUUGAUGAAGCAAAAGAAUCAAAUGAACAAUCGUUAUCAAACAAAGCACAACCAUUAAUAGGACACAAAAAAGAUUAUAUUGUUUAUAAAAUCGGAUCAAACAAUGAAGAAUUUAUAAUUUCAAAAACAGCUGAUUUUUGGUCAACAAAAUAUUGCAAACAAAUCAGUCAUUGUAGUCCUGAUAAUUAUGGUUUAUAUAUUUAUAACGAUUUUAAUGGUUAUGGUCAACUUGAGGCUGUUGAAAAUUGUAUUAAAGAUAUAACAACAUUAUUUUACACACACACAAUUACUUCAAAACAAAGGAAAGAUGAUGUCAAUUAUGUUAAUGCAUUUCGUCGAAUUGAAGCAUUAAAUAUUGUACUUGAUUAUGCUGACGAUAUGCCAAGUAUUGAUGAUGGUGAUCGAUUUCAACAGUUCAUGCGUGUUAUUGGUGCUUGUUAUGUGACCAUAUGCCAAAAUUUAUUACCAAAACCAAUGUUAACAUUACAGAAGAAAGACGAAGCACUAAAAAAAUCAAUGGAGAAAUCGCUAAAGAAAAUAUUGUCACAAAUUCCAAAUUUUAAAUUUGUUCUUGAACGUGCAAUUAAAAUUGGUUAUCCUAUGUCGACAGUAGGCGAUACGAGUACAGUAUAUACAAAAAUACUAUCAAUUAUCUAUCGAAAUUGGUGUUUAUUUGUUGAAAAUGUUGAGAUUGAUUUAAAUCAGUUAUUUGAUAAUAAGAAAGAUAAAGAUUUAAUAAAAAUAUUACGUGAAGCAAAUCAAAUGGAACUUGGUGAACUUGAUGAUGAUGAAGAAGAAUUUGAGUUUUUAGAAGAAUAUGCAAAUUAUUCAUCUGGACGACAAGUAGGCGGUGAUCAAUACGAUAUAUCAAAAUGGUCAAAAACAAAACGUGAACAAUAUUCACUUGAUCGAGUGGAUGACAUGGAUUUUAAUUUUGGAUAA